AUGAGUGAUCUUCCGUUUUCCGUAGUAUCCAUCGUGGAAGAUGUUCUUCAACAGCAUAGCACCCGAUCAAACGACGCCGGGUUCUUGGUUCCCCGGAGAGUCGAGGAAUCUUCUAUGAGAAGAUACGAAGCUGCCGGGUGGCUUAGAGAAAUGAUCGGAGUUUCUGGCGGUAGAGACUUCCCCGCGGAGCCUUCUGAAGAGGAUUUUAGGCUUGGAUUACGAAGCGGGAUCGUGCUUUGCAAUGUUGUUAACAAAGUUAAUCCUGGAUCUGUCUCUAAGGUUGUUGAAGCGCCUGAUGAUGUUGCAGAUGGAGCUGCACUCUGUGCUUUCCAGUACUUUGAAAAUAUCAGGAAUUUUCUUGAUGCUAUUGGGAAAAUGGGUUUGCCUUCAUUUGAAGCUUCUGACAUGGAGAAGGGAGGAAAGUCUAUAAGGAUAGUGGACUGCAUCCUUACACUUAAAUCUUACAACGAGUGGAAACUGAAAGGUGGAACUGGGACGUUUAGGUAUGGAUCCAACAUGAAGAAUAAUUUUGGAUCCAAAACACCAUUUCUGAGGAAAAGCUCAGAGCCGUUUAUGAGCUCCAUGUCAAGAACUCAUCCAUCGACUGAUCAACCUGCGUGUUCUGAUGUUGGGCAAGAAGGUGAUUCUAGAUCUAUCAACGCGCUAGUUCGCUCGUUUAUUGCAGACAGAAAGCAUGAAGAUAUUCCAAGUGUUGUAGAGUCUGUAUUGCACAAAGUUAUGGAAGAAGUCCAGCAGCGGUUGUCAAUUCACAAUGAAAUGAUGAAAUCAAGUUCAAAGCUUAUUCCAGAAGAUGAUUCAUCCAGCGAGACAGUGCUACAGUCGCAGCAGUGUGACAUAAGACAACAUGAGGAAGCAGAAGAAAAUAGUCCGUCACAGGUCGUAGAAGAAAAGAUCGAAAGAGUAAAUUCUGAACACUACGAAGAACAUGAAAUUCUUCUAAAUCAACAAAAGCACAUCCAGGAAUUGAAGCAAACUUUAUACACUACGAAAACGGGAAUGAAACUACUGCAGAAGAAGUAUCAAGAAGACUUUCUUCACCUAGGCACGCAUUUGAAUGGUUUAGCUUACGCGGCUACGGGAUACAAAAGAGUUCUUGAAGAAAACCGCAAAUUGUACAACCUAGUGCAGGACCUAAAAGGAAACAUACGGGUGUACUGUCGGGUUAGGCCAUUCAUGCCCGGGCAACAAACUAGUUUGAGUACCGUGGAAAACAUAGAAGAAGGGACUAUCACGAUCAGAGUGCCAUCAAAGUAUGGGAAAGAAGGACACAAACCAUUCAUGUUCAACAAAGUCUUUGGUCCUUCUGCAACACAAGAGGAAGUGUUUUCAGACAUGCAGCCUUUGGUACGGUCGGUUCUUGAUGGCUACAAUGUCUGCAUCUUUGCUUACGGCCAAACCGGGUCAGGGAAAACCUUUACCAUGUCAGGGCCCAAGGAACUGACUGAAGAAAGCCUAGGUGUGAACUACAGGGCACUAGCAGACCUGUUUCUCUUAUCGGAACAAAGAAAAGACACGACCAGCUACGAAAUCUCGGUUCAGAUGCUUGAAAUUUACAACGAGCAAGUCAGAGAUCUACUUUCCACAGAUGGCCAUACUAAAAGGUUGGAAAUCAGAAACAACACUCAGAAUGGAAUUAACGUUCCGGAAGCAAAUCUAGUGCCUGUCUCAUCGACGGAUGACGUUAUACAGCUGAUGGAUGUCGGACAAAUGAACCGUGCAGUGAGCUCUACAGCCAUGAAUGACAGAAGUAGUCGAUCUCACAGCUGUGUCACUGUUCAUGUUCAAGGCAGAGACCUCACAUCUGGGGCUAUCCUCCAUGGUUCUAUGCAUCUUGUUGAUCUUGCAGGAAGCGAGAGAGUGGACAAGUCCGAGGUGACUGGAGACAGGCUGAAGGAGGCUCAACACAUCAACAAAUCCCUUUCGGCUCUUGGAGAUGUUAUCUCUUCGCUUUCCCAGAAGACUUCUCAUGUGCCUUACAGAAAUAGUAAACUCACCCAGCUGCUGCAGGACUCCCUCGGAGGAUCAGCCAAAACGCUGAUGUUUGUUCACGUUAGUCCAGAAGCUGAAACUGUUGGAGAAACUAUUAGCACUCUCAAGUUUGCUGAACGAGUGGGGAGUGUUGAGCUAGGCGCUGCUCGUGUGAACAAAGAUAACUCAGAAGUCAAGGAGCUUAAGGAACAGAUUGCUAAUCUUAAAAUGGCUCUAGCGAGGCAAGGAAAUGGUAAUGGUAAUGGUAAUGGUAAUGGUAAUGGUAAUGGUAAUGGUAAUGGUAAUGGUAACGAAGCCCAACCAACCCCUCCACCACAAAACCGUGAGAGAAUCUCGAGAAGAAGAUCACUUGAAACUCCAAUCUUUCGACCCAAAAAUCCUACCAUGGGAAACGCACCAAGCAACCUUAAGCCCCAGGUUAUGGAUCUAAGUGGACCAGAGGCUUUUAGUGAUACUGCAUCUUCAAGAAGACACAGCUUAGAUCUCCAUGAGCUAAUGAAAUCUUCUAUUCCAUCUUGGCCGAGGCAAACUCUCGACACAAAAGAAGAGGAUAGAGAGUUUAAGUCAGGGGAGUGGAUCGAUAAGCACGCAGAGUUGUUGAAUCAAGAUGAGAAUUUAAUUUCUCCCGAUAAACUCUACCAGUCAAUGACUCCACUGCAACAAUCACUAAACGGUGGGAAACAAGAUUUUGAAGUGCAGAGUAUUACAGAUAACGAAUCUGAUGGAGUAGCAAGCGAUUGCUCAGAUUCUGAUUUGAUGUGGAGACUGAACGUUCAAGUGAAUGUGCCCAGAGUUUCUAGUAAACAAAGUUCAGCAAACCCCAAACCAAAGAAAAUUAAGCCAAAAACUACCAAAGUCUCAGAAACCAGAAGUUUUAUUCCAUCGCUGAUCCCAGCACCAAGCAAGAGACCUCCUAACACCGUGAGUUCGCAGCCACAGCGACCAACCAGAGAUGGAAGGCGCAGACUGAGUUUAGGCAAGUGAACAUGUUUUCACCAUUUUUUUGUAAAGAGUUCAAUCAGUGAGACAACAAAAAAGGAUUUGUUUUUGUAUAUUGUGCGCAAGUUCUCUCUGUUUGUUCAAAAGACAAAAUCUCAAAUUUGCUGCUUUGAGUGUACAAAGAAU